AUGCCUCGCGUUACCAACGCAACAAUGGCGGCUUCCUCUGCCAGUGUGGAGGGUGUGAUAGGACCACUAGGCAGCUGUUUGACUAAACUAGGGUUUGAAGUGUGCCCUCUAAAGGUAGGCUGGUAUAACUCAGUGUUGCCUCCUUCCUUUCACCUGCCUUACCCAGAUGAUGCCUUGGCCGUGGUGGUGCUCAGCACUCCUGCUAUGUUUGAACAAGCCUUCCUGCCCUUCUUGGAGCACAGCAGCAUUCAGAAGCCAUCCGACCCUGUGGACCAAUGUGUCCGGCAUUGUGUCUCCACUGCAGUCUCACAGUGUUUUCCAGAACUGAAGGUGGAUGUGAGGUACGACUACGAGCUGCUGCCAAGCAGGAAGCCAAAGUUCUUGGCGCAGACUGCCGCGCACGUGUCUGGAGCGGCGUUCUACUACCAGCAGUCUGACGUCACAGACCAGCCCUGGGGCGGAAGAAAGAUGUUUGGAGUUUGCAUUCAUCCGAGCUUCGGCGGCUGGUUUGCCAUCCGGGCCCUGCUGGUGUUUGAGGAUGUGGCGGUGGGCCCUGAGCUGGUGCAGCCCGAUCCUCCGGACUGCGUUGCUUCCAGAGAAGACAGAAUCAAGCUGCUGGAGGCCUUUAACCUCCACUGGCAGGACUGGAGCUACCGAGACAUCGUCCCUGUGGGACAGACCUACUCAGAGAGACAGAAGGAGUACUUCUCCACUCCCCCGGCUCAGCGCCUCGCCCUGCUCAGGAGUUGGGGUCUUUUGCCAAAAGAAGAGGCCCAACCUGAUCUCAGCCCAUGUGAGCAGAACCAGGCCAACGGACACGGCUGACACCUGGGCCUGCUGAGUCGAACCCUCUGCUGCUUUCAUUUGUUUUCAUUCAACCCCUGCUGAGUUUGAGUCUGGUGUUGCGUGUUUUUUUGGGGGGGUUUUAAGCUCUUACGUUUCCGCUAAAAGUCAUUUGAAGCUAGAGGAGGACAUUUUUGUGCGAAUGAUUGUAUUAUGAAUGUUUAUUAAUUAAAUGUGCUCAGGUAUUAGAAGACGUUGCGGCUGGUAUCACAAGUUACCUUAUGAUUAGUUUAUAUCACAUUACAGCAAGUUUAGAUGAAACAGUGAAGCUUUUUCCCUCUUGAUAUCAAUUCAACCAGAGACGGAAAAAAACCGAUGAGAGAAAUAUGUUUUAAUGUGAUUUGCUUGGGUCAGUUAAACAAUGUUGAGCAUGAAUGAACACUUUGGUACUUUUUUUUACUUAUAUUUGCCCAGAUUUCGCAACACUAAACAAUAUAAGAAUAAAUUUUUUUGACAAAA